AUGCUCUGUGCAGGAGACCCGUGUGCGUUGGCUGCGCAACACGCGCAGGCCGUGCUGAGCUGGGUCUGCGCCGGUGCGGCGAAGGUAGGCAUACGACCUCCCUUCGGGCAGCUGCCGCUUCGCAAUUCCUCGAUGGACUCUCCCGGUAGUUCUACGCGUGCGCCCGAGAGCGGCUCACCUCUGCAGGAGCUUGAGCCCCAUGAGCCCGACGCCGCUUGCGUGGACGAACACCCUCACGCGGUGCCACCAGGCCACCGGCCGCCACGUGGCGUCCGGGUGCCCAUGGUGGAUGCGGCAUGCCAGACCGAGUCGGCCAGCGACUUCGAGCGCGCCGCGGAGGAGGCGCUCCGGAGCUUGCGCGCUGCGCGGGAGACUGUGGAGGAGCUGAAUCGCGUCAGCGAGUCGAACGCGGGCCAGCUGGAGUCUGCGCUGCUGACGUUGUCGACUCUCCUCCGCAAAUCUGGAUCAUCGGAGUCCUUGCCGUCAAGCAGUCUUCCGCACGCAGGCGAGAUUGAGACGGGGGAGGUGAUCGCAGAGGUCUCUGGCCCCUCUUCAUCGGACGCCUGUGUGGCUGUGCUCACUUUGCCUGCGAUCCUUCCCUUCAUGGGAGUGCCGGAGAUGAUGGCCCUCCACCUGGCAUCACGGCGGGCCACGGAUCCACAGGCAAUGCUUCACCAUGUCGUCGAGCUCGGAAACUUUGCAAGGGCUUCCUCUGUGCUGGCCUUCGGACGCGCCUUGGGCCGCGGAUGGAGGCCCAGCAGAUACAUGCAAGCUGGCAAGUGCCUUCUGGAUGCCCGAGAGCGAUGCUUUAGGGGACAAGCUGCAGAUGACCCUGCCUUGUCAAAGAGAUUCCUCUGCCACCUGUGGUACAUGGCGCAAGCGCGCAACGUGCACUUCGCCGUCCCGGACUCUGACGCUGCUGAGACUGUCCACUCGUUGAUCCGGGAUUUGCUCGGGCACUGCCGCAGUACGGAUGCGGACGUGUCCGUGGCUGCCCACGUUAUUCUCGAAACUUGCGGGUUGAACAGCAGCCUGCAGGUGAGACACCGGAUCGCCGACGGCAUGUACUCCCUCCUGCAAUCCUUGAACGCGUCCGGCUCUGAAGAGUGGGCGCCCAGACAGCGGGCGAUCGAGCACCUGCAGUACGCGAGGAAAUCGCUCCCAGAAUCCCGCCGGCAGCAGUGGUUUUCAUUGCUGCGGCGAUCCUGGGUGCCCAAAAUGGAGCUGAUCGAUGUCGUGUUCAUCAGGGGAGCUCAGGGAGCAGUCUGGCCGAAUCGAGGCCAAUGA